UGCAACUCCGGCCAGCUCGAGCUGAGCCGAACUGCCGAAGCCAAGCAACUCCGGCACGAGCAAGACUCCCCGUAGGGCGUGCGCUCUACUACCAUACCAUGGUGCGACUCCUCCUAAUCGUAGCCGCCGCCGUGCUGCUGUCCGCGGCCGGCGCGACGGCCCAGCAGAAGGGCUGCGAGAACGCGACGUUCCCGGCGGGCAGGUCCUUCGAGCGGUGCAACACCCUGCCCGUGCUCGGGGCCAGCUUGUACUGGACGUACCACGCGGCGAACGGCACCGCGGAGCUCGCGUUCCGCGCGACGUCGGGCAGCGCCGGGUGGGUCGCCUGGGGCAUAAACCCCAGCGGCGCCGGCAUGCCCGGCAGCAACGUGUUCGUCGCCUCCCAGAACGCCAGCGGCGUGUCGGUGCUCAUGACCGUCCUGAAGAGCACGGCCCCGGCCCUGGACAACACCACCCUCCAGUUCGACGUGCCGGUGCCGCCCACCGCGGAGUACGCGGCCGGCGCGUACACGAUCUACACGACGGUGGCGCUGCCGGGGAACUCCACGCAGCAGAACACGGUGUGGCAGGCGGGGCCGCUCAGCGGCGGGGCCAUAUUGCCGCACCCGACAUCCGGGCCCAACUUGCAGAGCCUUAUGAGGCUGGACUUUCUCUCCGGCUAGAGCACCCUCGGCGCCGAGGCCGAGGUCACAGCGCACAGUCACCAUAUGUAAUUAUUUGUUAGUGUCAUCGUCAUCAUGUAUAUAAAUAAAUCACACGAUAUAUUUCUUUUUUUUUGCAUCGACACGAUAUAUUUCUUAUG